AUGGCCAUCACCAAGGAACCCGGCCAGAAGGGCGUCAACUGGUCCAACAUCGCUGUCGGUGCCAUUAUGAACAUGGUUACGACACUAGGCCAGCCGCUAGAGGUCGUCAAGACUCAGAUGGCCGCCAAUCGGUCACAGUCCAUGUUCCAGGCCCUUCAGACCGUCUGGAGUCGUGGAGGUGUCGCCGGCUUCUACCAGGGUCUCAUUCCAUGGGCCUGGAUCGAAGCCUCGACAAAGGGUGCCGUUCUCCUCUUCACUGCGUCCGAGAUCGAAUCCGCGACCGUCUCGAUGGGCCUCAACCCCGCCGCUGCCGGUCUCCUCGGUGGUAUGGGUGGUGGUAUCGUGCAGGCGUACGCGACCAUGGGUUUCUGCACGUGCAUGAAGACCGCCGAAAUCACGCGCCAUAAGCAGGCUGCUACCGGCAUAAUUCCCCCAUCUACCUGGGCAGUCUUUGCAGACAUCUGGCGCAGGGAAGGUCUCCGCGGCAUCAACAAGGGUGUGAACGCCGUGGCCGUCCGGCAAUGCACCAACUGGGGCGCCCGGAUUGGUCUGACCCGGCUAGCGGAGAGCAGCAUCCGGAAGAUCCGGAACAAAGGCGAGAAGGAUGCCCUCACGCCGCUCGAGAAGAUCGCAGCGUCGUCGAUUGGUGGUGCUCUGGCCACGUGGAACCAGCCCAUUGAGGUUGUCCGAGUCGAGAUGCAAUCGAUGGCCAAGUCGGCGGAGCGUGGGGAGAAAAAGACCAUUGUGGGGACCCUGAAGUACAUCUACAGGGAGAACGGUAUCAAGGGCCUCUACCGUGGUGUCACCCCCCGUAUCGGUCUCGGCAUUUGGCAGACGGUCUGCAUGGUGUCAUUUGCUGACUACGUCAAGGCUUGGAUCAAGAAGCAAUGA